CACUUCAAGCUUAUUAAAGAAGUCGGACUUUCUUUCACCGCAACUCUUUACGCCAGUCUCUCUCGCUACAACGUGGGCGUAGAGGCCCGGUUUUACGUGAUUUCGUAACGACGACGACGAAUCGAUUUCCAGUAUCAAAAAGCAUUUCACGAGGAUCCCAAAGACCUUCGGGGGCCCCUAUUACUCCACCCACUCUCUCUCUCUCUCUCUCUCUUUCUCGUUUGCUCCUCGACCGAUCUUCUCCCAAAUUCUCAUGCAUACGAAAACAGCACGCACGUACGAAGAUUGUUCGCUGCUACUUUUCAUAUCGUGAACGGAUCAAUAAAUAAAGUUUUUAUAUGGAAGGAGAAAAUGUGGGAUGUCUAGCUAUAAAAUAUCCCUUUGCCUCAUUAGAGAAAGAGAGAGAAAAAGGAACUGUGUUUGUAUUAAUGAAUUAAAAAAACUAAAAAUUUUAGAAUUAUACCUUCUUCGAUUAAUCAUCGAUGUUUUUAAAUCGCUUGGCGGAGUUUUUUUUUUGUGGAUUAGAACAAGCAUCACUAAUCGGCAUGAUAUUUUUAGGAGUUUUCCUUCGUAGGCGAUAUCGUUCUUCUCAUCAUCGUUGUCAAUCGCGACGAUACCUGCUCCAGUUCGACGGAGAGCACGGCUACGGCAAGUGGGCGUAAGGGCCGGGAGAGAGAACGUCGUCCCGUGUUCCAUACAUGGCUAUGCUAUGUGGAAACCGAGAGACAUACGGAGAGACGGACGGACGGACCGGGGGAGUCCCCACUGUAUGGACACGACGAUGGAGGCGACGUUUUCUCUGGAAGCGGUCGCCGAGCAUGCUCUCGGCGCACAGUACCUCGCAACACGCAUGUUGUGCGACCACCGUCCAUGCGAUCAUCCUGGUGUUAUCCAGGCAUUCGUGUCACCGCGCGACCCUUUGGAAGACGCGAUGUCCGUUUUCCGCGCGACCAUCCGCGUCCAAUGAUUGACGCGCGCGACGGUGUAGAUCUCUGUAAUCAAACUUCAUCGGUGAUCAUCGCCAUCGGGUGUUGAGAUCGCCAAUCUUUGCCGCGGAGAUUCCUCGAUACGGAAUCGAUUUCGCGUGUCACAAUUAUGCGGCGAUACCGCGAGGAAUAAUAUCGAGUAGCGAUAUUAGUACCGAGCUUUCGACCUUUGACAUCCCCUGUCAAGCUUGAUAUAAGAUAAUAUAAAAUAAAACUCGAAGAAAGGUCACGAUACCAGGAAACAUCCCAACUUCUAAAGACUACUCUUCGUCGUUAUAGAACGGAUCACACGAUGUACUCGCAGGCACUUGACUGGCGUGGGUGCUACUGGAUUCCUCCUGCGCUCUGAGACCGAGGUCAGGUGUGGGAGGGUGUAGGGGUUGCUCGAGACUGACGCACAUCGCACGUUAUAGGAUGCCGAAGCCAUUUCGAAACUUGCUCGUUUUAACAUUGAUAAUGACGGCGUCAUGUCUCGAUGUGACGGAGAACAAUGCCACGACGACGACGGAGACGCCUUUGUUGACGAGUACAUUCAGAAUAACAACAAUCGCUACCGAGGAAAAUGCAACGCCGUCAUCCUCAUCAUCUUUUCCCUUCGAUGUGGCUUGGGAGUGUCCAAAUAUCACAAAAGCGGGCGUGGAGUGUUCCUGCGACUUUCCACAUACGCUCAGAUGUACCGGCGAUAGAACAGCGUUGCAGAUCAUCAGCGAGCAUUUGAAACGUAACCGACCGGACACGAUAUCGCUGCUGGAUGUGACCGUGACAGGGGUCUCCGUGUUGCCGGCACGCUUCUUCGAGGACGUUGCGCUUCACGGACUGGUCGUCUCUACCGGCGAACUGAGACGCGUCCACGAGAACGCAUUCACGGCGUUGGCACGGCCGUUACAGGCGCUUGGAUUGCCCAACAAUCUUCUGGAUUCGGUGCCCACGAUCGCGCUGUCGCAUCUAGUCGGUUUAGAUCGAUUGGAUCUGUCCCAUAACAAGUUGAAGACGUUAGAAGCGGACUCGUUCAAGGGACUGUCAAGCCUGACUUAUUUGGAUUUGUGCGACAACUUGCUGUCACAAUUAUCGCCGCAAGUUUUCCUGGCAUUGCCAGUGUUACGUUCGCUGAGAAUGCGCGGAAAUCGUCUAAGCGUUUCUGCAUUAUCCGCGCUCAGGGGUCUAAAGCGCUUGGAGGAACUGGAUUUAUCGAGUAAUUUACUGCUGGGCCCAAUGAGUCCCAAUCUGCUGCCACAAAUGCCCAGACUGCACUUCCUCACCGUGUCGGAGAACGGUCUUGUCAACGUUCAGCAGGGAGCUCUCAUGGGUCUCAGGAAUCUCACUUAUUUGAGCUUGAGUCACAAUCAGAUUGACGUAUUGGAGGAUCACUCGUUUAAGUACUUGUCAACUCUGACGCGAUUGGAUCUGGCGAAUAAUCGCAUCGUCGCCGUGUCCAGUGCCUCCCUAGCGCAUUUAGAGAAGCUAACCACCUUGGAUUUAACGCACAACUUUUUACGAGCGUUGACGGCCGAUCUAGUGGUGCCGCUGAAGAGUCUGCAGGACUUGCGACUGGACGACAACGAGAUCACGAUCGUGGCGAGCGACGUACCGACGUCGAAGCUGCGUCUUAAGCGACUCUCACUCGCCGACAAUCCGUUGAAUUGCGAUUGUACCCUACUGGAAUUUGCCAACUGGCUGACAAAUUCCAGCUUGUUAGAGGAAGACAAGUCGUCGGCAGUAUGCGCGACACCGCCCGCUUUGGAAAACGGCGUCCUGACGCAAGUACCACCGGGCAGUCUGCUCUGCGGUGAACCCACGCCGUCCAUGAUGACUCAACCGUCCCUGGCGAAAAUGCAACUAAGUCUUAAAGAGUUCCGUUACGACGAAUCGACCGGCAUCAAUUUAUUGUGGCAUAUGGAGCAAUGUACCGAACAUUAUACUUGCGACUCACUCAUUAUUUAUGAAACAAUCGACGACAGCGAGGUUCGCACGGAAUCUAGCCCGUUGCAUUGCGACUCCCGGAUGAUGCGAGAUCCCUGCACUCUGCCGGUCACGAUACCAGCUUCUGUACAUCUACAAUUAGGUCAUAAAUACCGUUACUGUGUGGUUCUACUAGUACCCACUGCCUACGACGAUAUGUCGCUCGGUCUCGACUGUAGCGAUGUCAUCGUCUUAGAGGAAACUCUGGAGCGACGGAAGAUAGCGACGGAAGAGCAGUCGCCGAGCGAAGAAAAUCGUCGUCCUUCGACGUCUUCGACGCAGUCGCCUCUUGACUCCUAUCCCCGAAUCACCGACGUCCACGUGAACGUAUCCGACAAGGGUUAUUUGCACGUAGAUGUAAUUCUUUCCAGACCGAAGGAGAUGACCCUCGCAUCGGCCUGUCAAUUGUCCGUUGUCGUGUUUGACGAAAUUUCCGCAAUUCAUCGGCAAAGGCUCAAUUGCAGCAUCACGUUCGUCACUGACGUGGAGGUGUCUUGGCCAGGUUACUACAGGGUAUGCGCCAGUCUGGACGAACUCAUUGACGUGAAUCUCGUCAUGUUGUCCGGCAACCUAGUAGAUGAUCGUGAAAGAUUUCGUUGCGUCGAGAUGGUUGAGCAGGGCUACAGCAGACAAAACGCUGAAGUGUUCGUUGCAGUGGCCGUGGUUGCCGUAACCGGUGUCUUCCUCAUUGCCCUCGUUAUGCUUGGUCGGAGUCUUGUUAAACGGCUGCGGCAUCCUAGGAUCCAGACGCAGUGCUUUCUACCGGCUCAGGAAUUCGAGAUCACCCACAAGGCGCAUUAUAUCAAGCUUUUGGCCACAACAAAAGUUUAGCCGGAUACUGAUGAUGAAUCUACAACAUUGUUCAUGUAGAAUUAAAAAUUUAGAAUUUAAAAAUUCGAAUAUAUAUAUAUAUAUAUAUGUACGAUAGGUUUUAAUGUGUGUGAGUCAAUCUAUAUAGAAAUGUUUUAUAAAAAGUAAUGUCUGUUCUACAGAUUAUAAAUUUCUCGAUUUAUAUAUCUAUCUAAAAAUUUUAUAGACAUAAUGAAUUAUUUCUACAAUAGAUUUUACAUCUCAAUAUUUUUAUAUAAAUUUAAUAAAAUAGGAGAGGGCGAGAGAAGGGUUGAAAAUACGUUACACGCAGGCUCGAGAUCUGCGAGCGAUUUUGAAAGAGGAAAGAUUAUCUCCUCAUUUUUUGUAAUAUACAUAUAUAUAUUUACUAAUUCCGUUUGUGUGUUUUAAAUAUGCUGUAAAUAUGUCUUAUUUUUAAUCGGUUCUUGAAAUACGCGCAUUGUUGUAAAGUAAUAAUUAUAUUUUAUAUAAUUACGAUAUAUUUUUUACUAUGUCUAGAGAGAGAUAGAGAGAGAGAGAGCAAGUAUUUCGUUUUCGUUACUAAUAAAUAUCAAGAGACGUACGGAUGUGUCUCACAUAAAAGAAACGAGUAUAAAUAAAUUCUUGUUUAACAUCUCGCGUCUUAAAUAUAUUAUCUUUCUCGCAUCUUUCCGUCCAAUAAAAGAAAUAUAAAAAUAAGAAAUAUUAUUUUGGGAUAUACAUGUAUAUACUUCUCUCGGGAGUACUCGGGA